GUCAAGCAAAUUGUAUAGGUAUCAAACAUAACCUAAAAUUACUCAAACUGAUUCACGAGAGCAAAAUUACAUUUAUAAUUAAAUAUCAAUAUUGUGUGAAAAUAACGAUGGAUAUAGAUAAAGAAAAUGUUGUUCAAGCGGUGGUUAUUAUGGAGACAUUUAAUAAUAAUUUUGAUCCCAUAUGUAAGAACAAACCUGUGGCUUUUUUGCCAAUAGCUGGCGUGCCUUUGAUUGACUAUGUUCUCGAGUCUUUAGCCCUAGGAGGAGUUGGCGAAACAAUUUUAUUCUGUAGUGAAGAUGGAGCUAAAGUUAAAGAACACCUUAGGAAAAGCAGUGAAAAGAAGGCUCCUUGGAGUAUAACAAUGGAGGUCCACAUUAUAAUGUCAGACACUUGUCAGACCAUGGGAGAUGUGAUGAGAGAAAUUGAUGCAGCUGGUCUUAUUAGAGGAUGUUUUAUUCUGAUGGGUGUGAACACUAUAACUAAUAUUAAUUUUGCCACUUUAUUGGAACAACAUAAGCUACUAAACAAAAAAGAAAAAGGAGCAGCAAUGACAUUACUGUACAAGAAAGUGUCAUGGGAGCAUCCUUUGAUAGGCUGUGAUAAGCCCACGUUUGUAGCUGCUGAUGGCAGUAAUAACAAAAUUUUGGUCCAUCAAAAGUACAAACCAAAAUCAAAUGAAAAAUCUAUCAACAUACCUCUGGAUGUGACUUUGAAGACUUCAGAGUUGAAGUUGCAUCAUAAUUUGGCAGAUCCCAACAUUGCCCUGUGUUCUCCAUCAGUGCCACAACUGUUUUCUGAUAAUUUCGAUUUUCAAACACGCGACGACUUUAUACAUGGUCUCCUCAUUAAUGAAGAAAUUCUAGAUAGCUCACUGUAUUAUGCUCUUCUCAAAGAAAAUCAAUAUGCUGCUGCUGUAACUAACUGGAAAACUUAUCAAAGUAUUUGCCGAGAUAUACUACACAAUUGGGCUCAUCCUUUGUCAAUUGAAACGGGCGCAUUUUAUCGAAAUAAUUAUUUAUUCAUGGGCAAUCAUAAUUUUCGUGAAGUGACUUCUGUGUUGAAUAGAUCUUGUUCCCUGAAAGAAGACGUACUAAUUGGAUCAGGCUCUCAUAUAGGCGACAAUACAAUACUAACGAAAUCCAUUAUUGGUAAGAAUUGCAGUAUUGGGAACAAUGUCAUUAUUUCUGGAAGUCAUAUAAUGAAUGAUGUGAUUAUAAAAGCCAAUUGUAAUAUUAGCAAUAGUUUGAUUGAUAACAACUGUAUGAUAGAGGAAGAUAGCACCUUAGAGGGAGGCACCAUCAUUGGUUCAAAUGUCACAAUUGCCAGUGGUAGCAAAUUAACUGGAACUAUUGAAUAUUCAGAAGCAGAUAAAGGCAGUGAGAAAACAUUAAAGAAAUCCACAUCAGAAGGGGAAUGGGAAAAUGAUUCAUCCGGUGCAAGUGAUGAUGAAUUCAUUGGUUUUGGAAAAUCAUGGAGUGACAGUGAAUCAUGUUACUCUUCUGACAGUACUGAAAAUUCUUCUCUUCCUGAUUCACCUCUACCAGAUGAUACUAAUAUUUUCCUACAAGAAGUUAUUGACAGUUUAGCAAGAGGAUAUGAAGAGAAACUGAAAUGUGAUUAUCUUAUAUUAGAAAUUAACUCAUCUAGAUAUGCAUACAAUAUUCAAUUACAUGAGGUGAACUUUUUUGUUGUGAGAGCUUUGUUAAGUAUUCCUAUUUUAACUGAGAGCAAAAGUGUAAUAAGCACUGUGAAAGAUAUCUUGAAGUACUUCCAACCAGUUUUGGCAAAUUAUAUAAAAACUAAAUCAUCUAUAAUGGAUUGUUUGAAAGCAGUGGAGGAAAGCUGUGUAAAAUGUGAAUGGCUUCAUGAAAAGACUGGUCAAGUGAUACAUCUACUUUAUGAAGCUGAUGUUGUGGAUGAGGAUUCUCUCAAUGAGUGGUUUGAGGAUUUGAAGGAAAAUGAAAGUACAUUAGUGACACAAACAUCAUUACUGAAGUUCUUUGAAUGGCUUCAGCAAGCAAGUGAAGAGAGUGAAUCAGAUGAAUAAAUAAGAUGAAGUGAAUAGAUGUAUAAUGUAAAUAAAGAUUUUUCCAAUAA